AUAGUUUGUGUAGACAACGUAACGCGAAAUAGCUUGGUCGAGAAGAGGGCACAACUUCCCACACCCAUGUAUUCUUGGCAGCCAUGCCCCAAUGCUCCUAUUGUCUCGCCAAUGAUUUUAGACUCGGCUUGCAAUCAGGGUUGGCUUUCUUUUUCGAUCCCCUGCACACAGAAGAAUAAAAAAGAACAUACAAUGCCGGUAUUAUACUCUGGAAGGCGUCUCUGACGAUGAUUCAGAAGGCUAUUGAUCCCACGUACACACGGCUGGUGCAGCUUCUCCUAAUACGUGUACCGCAAAAUAUGCGAAAUUAUUUCCACAACAGAAUAUAAUUUUCGGUUGACCAGCCACACCCCUCACGAAGCGGAUAAGAUAAGUUAUGAAGCCCAUGCAACAAAGUUCGACUAGGUUCUGACUGACGGCAGUGUUUCUGGAAAAUUUGCAAUGGGGGAACUUUUUACAUGCGCUUUUAUAUGACAUGAUCGCUUAAUCCACCACAUAUACAAGGAGAGAGUAGAACAUUACUACCAAGUGUGCUCGAGUUUGAAGUUUGCUUUCAUACUUUUUCAUUGGAAGUUUUAGUAAAAAUAUGGAUGAAGAAGUGCAAGACUCUGUUUCGGCUGAAGAGAGCGUUGCCCAAGAACAGCCAGAUAUAGCGCCACCAACGGACGCUCCUGCAGGUGCUGAACAAGAUAUGGACAAUCCAUCUGCAGGUGAUUUAACAGCUGAUGGAACAGACUUUCCUCCACCUCCACCUCCGGAUAGCGAACCCCCGCCUGAACCCGAAUCGGUACCCGAACCGGCACCCGAACCGGCACCCGAACCGGCAGCCGAACCAGAAUCCGUAAGCGAUUCAGUACCCGAACCCGAGUCGAUGCCUGAAACGGAUCCACCAACUGAACCAGCAUCAGAACCAACACCCGAAAUUGAUGACGAAGCAAAUGACGUCACAGAUCUUAUAGACAGUGCAGUUGACCCGGAAAUAGAUGAAGCUGCCGUUGACCCCACAGCUGAAAACGAGAUGAUUUCACAAGACGAGGAGAGUCAGACACCUGCAGAGGUUACAGUUCACCCCGAGACCGAGUCCCCUGUGUCUGCAGAUGGAAAUAGCACGCCCCCACCGAUGUACGACGAGACAUCCGAGGAAGACAAACCUCAGGCAAUCUACCAAAACAGCAUGGUAGCCGAGGACACUGACGGCAUCACAACUCUGGACGAAGAGAUCCCCAACGGUCACGGCGUGAACGGUGACCUGGAUCCAAUCAUCAUGAUGUAUUCCAAUGAAAAGACAUCGUCGACGAGGGCUAGACUGAUCUGUUUUGUCAUGUUCUUUAUCGUGGUGGCCAUCACUGUCAUAGCACUGACCUUCUACUUAGUUCUUUAUUAUGAGAACGGAGAUAGUUCCGACUCAUCAGAAGGUCUGGUGGUAACAACGCCGCGUGCCCCAUAGCCCAGAGUGGACUGACACCAAUAACCUUGGAAACGGAUUUAUAUCGUCACCAUGGUAACCAAACAUUCUUAGGCUGAAACUCAAGGAUUGCCAAAACAAAGCCAUGAAUACUGACCUAUCUCCGAUCGGAUGCCAGUUCUAAUGUACAUGGACAUAAUGAGGAGAAAAAUCGAGUUCCCAUAGCACAAGUCAGUUAACUCUGACAUAAUAAAACGAUACAAAACCUGUAUAAAGGAAUGUAAAAUUGACCGUAUAAUGGCCUUCCUUAGUUCCAGGGAUUGGAUCUUAAAUCUUAUGAAUACUCAUCCCAACGUUCUUUGAAAACGGUACAGCUCACGUGUUGUUAAAAAUUCUUUAUUUCAUGUAUCAUGUGUAUUUAUACAAUUUACAGAAGUACCUUAAGGCUAGUUGAUAUCUAGAUAAUGUAAGUAUUUAUUUUUGGAGCAAUUUUUUAAAUGUUAUUUUCAUGAACGAAAUAACCACCAUAUAAACAUGUCUGUCGGCAAUAUGAUGUGAUGUUAUAAACGUACGUCAUGCUCAUUGACGUCAUGGCAUCUCUUAGAGGCUGAAGCCAUUGCCACGCAUCUGUCGGUGAAUCACUGCAGCUGGACCAUCUCCGACCCGCUCUCCGUUUAUGCGUCUUCCUAUAUCCUCUAAGGGAGGGCGCUGUGAGAUUAUGACGUCAUAUGCAUAAGGUCUAUUAUGGCUGUACCUGGGGCUCGAGCUGACCAUGGCAUAAAGCUACAACAGGAAUGAGAAGCCGCUUUUGAGGUGUUACGACGCCUCUCUUCUCUCCUCCGUUCAAUUUGAACUUAAAUCUUUGGAAAUCGAUUUUUGCUAUUAUUAUUUUUCUCUCAUAUUGAAGGACUUUUACAAAGGAAUAUCAUAGGACAUUUACAUCGUGAGUAUAAUUUGGAUUAUUGUCCCGUUUCCGAGAUGUUUGCGGAGAAAGCUAGGCCACUCCCUUCAUUUCUUCCACAAGGUCCCAAACCCGUAUUUCUACGUUCAACCGACAUCCGUAACGUAGACAAGAAACCACUUUCGGGAGAGGAACUUUACAAGAGUAUCGUAAAGGUCGUUGACCCUGAGAAUAUCUCAGGUAUUCAAGAAAUUCGACACCUAUGGAGAAUUUACCUAAUCUCAUCCGAGGAUAGAGUUUCAUUGAUUUCAAACGGCCUUGAUCUACGUGGAUCUUUUGUUGCUAUCCAUGACGUCAAUCCUUUUACAAAGGCGAGGGAUGAGCAUCUUACCAGGGUUGUAGUGAAAGAUAUCCCCCUUUCUUUAAGUGAUGACGUCAUCAGAGGAGAGAUCUUGGCACGAAAGCAAGAAAUAAAAGGAGAUAUUCAUCGGCAGAGGUUGCGGGUCAACGGUCAGCUUACCAAUUGUUUGAAUGGGGAUAGGGUCAUCUUCAUCACCCCUCCAACCCACCCACUCCCAAGAAAGAUGAGCUUCGGUAACCUGUUCACCGGUAGAGUUUACCACGAUGGCCAACCACAGCAAUUCAGCAGGGGUCAGGUGAAAUGCUCGAGAUGCUUAGAAGUUGGUCACCAUGCAUCCACCUGUAUUAGUGAAGUAAAGUGCCUAAGGUGCAGCAAGUUUGGGCACAUGAAAAGUGCUUGCCCUGACAACGAAAGUGCUGAUGUGUUACGUAAUAUCGCGGCAUCUAGUGAUACCAUGGAUACAGCGUGUGCUCCCGACCCUGAAGCGACCACUCAACACAAAGAAUCUUCUUCGAGUCAUCAAGAAGCGAAACGUCAAACGAGCCUCGCGGAUUUCCUGACGAAACCACAGCAAAGUGAUCGUAGUGGCGCGAGUACAUCUUCACUUCCUCCUCGUAAAGCUGCAAAUCGUCAGACAUCGUACGCGUCAGACGGAGCGAUCUCCAACAACCGAGAGCAGCGACUACAGAGAAGGCAGUUGAAUAAGGACGUAGAAGCACAAGUGAGCAGCAGCGAAAGCGAAGUUGACUCACCUUCAACAUCAUCAUCAUCUGAAGUUCCAAAGGCUGUUUCGAAAGGUAAAAAACCCGCAAAAAGAAGGCGAAAAGGAUCAAAUAAAAUCAAAUAAACUUCGAAUACGUUCCUAGACAAAGUUGAUCUUAUUCUCUACUUUUAAUGAUCGGUGCUUCAGUGCACUUUAUAUCCUUGAAUGUGAGAGGGCUUCGGGAUCAUCUGAAGCGAAGUAAGAUUUUUCUUUGGUUAAAUCAACAGAAAAGUGAUAUCGUGUUUUUACAAGAAACGUACUGGACAAGUGAUCUAGAACCUAAAAUUAGUAAUGAAUGGAAAGGCCAAUGUUAUUUUAAUCAUGGAACGAACCAUUCGAAAGGGGUUGCAGUUCUGAUUAAAAAUAAGCUUCAUAUUGAAAACAUAUGUAGCAAAGCUAAAGGAGAUGGUAGAAUACUAAAUUUGUCUUUCACAUGUCAAGGUGAAUGUUUUAAUUGUAUUAACAUUUAUGCACCCACCAAACGAUCUGAUAAAGGUUCAUUUUAUAGAAAUUUUAUGAGUUGGAUUAAAAACGUUGUAAAUCCAAAUGAGAAAAUGAUUUUUGGUGGAGAUUGGAAUUAUGCUCAAAACAAAAAAAUAGACACACAAGGAAUUUUAUAUACAUAUGGUGCAGAUGAUUAUAUCUUAAAGCUAAAAAAACAAUACUUAUUGUUAGAUAUCUGGAGAAAGUUAUAUCCAGCAUGUAAGCAAUAUACAUGGAGGCAAAAUUCCCUCAAUUUAUUUUCUCGUUUGGAUUAUUGGCUUAUUUCAAGAGACCUUAGCCAAUAUGUUCUCUCUACGGAUAUCAGACCAUGUCUCAAUUGUGACCACAAUGCUAUUUCAUUGAAAUUAAAACUUUUUAACGACGUGCGAGGAAGGGGUUACUGGAAAUUUAAUAGUGACCUACUUAAAGAUGAUAUAUAUAGGUUGAAUAUCGGAAAUGUAAUAUAUAAAUGUAAAUUGAAAUAUGAGAACCUUGAUGCUCAAGGAAAGUGGGAAAUGUGUAAAGUUAGAAUUAAAGAAUAUACAAUUAAAUAUGCUAUAGAUGUACAACGAAAAAAGAGAGAAAAACUUGUUCAAUUGGAAAGGCAAUAUUUUUUAUUGAACAAAGAAAUGGACAGUAGUCCUAAUGAUAGAAAUGUCGAAGAAAUCAAUAAAAUAAGGAAAGAUAUCGAUGAUUUGUAUAAUUAUAAAUGUAAAGGAGCUUACAUAAGAUCGAGAGAGAAGUGGAUGGAGGAAGGUGAAAAAUCAACAAAGUACUUUCUUGGCCUUGAAAAAAGAAACGGAAAAAAGAAAGAAGUUGAUUGCCUAGAACACAACGGUAAAACAAUCACUGAUAAGGUGAAAAUAUUACAGAGAUUACGUAAAUAUUAUGAUGAUUUAUAUAAAAACCUUAAUUCUAUUAGUGAUUUAGAGUACGAAAAAUAUUUAUUUCAUACAAAUAUACAAAUCCUAAAUGAAAAUGAAGCAUCGGGUUGUGAAGGUGAUAUAACCGAAAAGGAAUGUGCCGAGGCUCUGUCAAGAAUGCAGAAUAAUAAAUCACCAGGUAGCGACGGCCUCACAGCCGAGUUUUAUAAAUGCUUUUGGAGCAAGCUAAAAGAUAUGUUAAUGAACAGUUUAAAUGAAGGACAUAGAAAGCAGCAAUUGUCUCCAAGUCAAAACAUGGCCAUUUUGGCGUUAUUGUUUAAAAAAGGAAAUAAAAACAUCAUUCAUAACUGGAGACCAAUAUCAAUCCUAAAUGUGGAUUACAAAAUUCUUGCACAAGUUCUUGCCAAACGACUACAAAAUGUAAUAACGAGCAUUGUAUCUCCCGAUCAAAGUGGUUUUAUUAGAGAAAGGUCAUCAGCCGAAAAUAUACGUCUGGUGCAAGAUAUAAUUGAUUAUUAUCAGGGCAUAAAAGCCCCGGGCAUAAUUAUGUUUCUGGAUUUUGAAAAAGCCUAUGACAACAUAAGUCAUAACUUUCUAUUUCACCUUUUAAAAAGAUUAAAUUUUGGAAAUUCAUUCAUUCGGUGGAUUCAAUCGAUGUAUAAAAACGCAAAAGGCCGUGUGCUAAAUCAUGGCUGGAUCUCUGAAACUUUUCAAAUUAAAAGAGGUGUAAGGCAGGGGUGCCCCCUCUCAUCACUACUUUUUAUUAUUGUUGCAGAAGUUUUGGCGACGAAAAUUAAACAGAAUCAUAAAAUUGAAGGUCUCAGUUUACCGAUUUCGCAGUUGAAUGAUGAUCAAGUAGAAGUAAAAAUAUCCCAAUUUGCAGAUGAUACAACUAUAUUUAUGAAAAAUGAAAGUUCUCUUUCUAUUUUGAUGGAAGAAUUAAUACUAUUUGGUUCAAAUGCUGGGCCAAGGAUUAAUUUGCUAAAAACCAAGCUGCUGAAGCUUAAUAUUGAUGUUGUCCCCGGACAAAUAGAAUGUACUGAAGAACCGAUAAAAUAUUUAGGUAUAUAUGUUGGGAAAAAUGAGAAAGAUGUUGAAGAUUAUAAUUGGCAAAAUAAACUAGAUAAGAUACAAAAUAUUAUUAGAGUAUGGAAACUAAGAAAUCUAACAUUUUUCGGAAAAAUUAUUAUCAUCAAAACUUUGUUGGUGUCUCAAAUUGUGUAUCCUGCAAAAGUGAUUAGAAUUCCCCAGAAAGUAAUCAAAUCUCUAAAUAAAAUGUUAUAUACUUUUAUUUGGAAUUCUUCAAAAGAAAAGGUUAAAAGAAAUGUUUGUAUAAAUAAAACAAACGAAGGUGGUCUUGGUAUGGUCCACUUGGAAUCGAAAAUUGAAUCGCUUAAGAUUUCGUGGAUAAGCAAGUUGUUAGAGCAAGGCGAACGUAGUUGGAAAUUUCUUUUUAAUUAUUGGUUAUCAAAGAUUGGUGAAAUUCCUUUAUGUUUUGAAUACAAUAUAUCAACAAAAGAUAUGAAUUUUCUUUGUACAAAAGCAAAUAUACCUAGUUUUUACCAUGAUUUUUUUUGUAGCUGGUCCAAGUUAAGAUACAUUGGUAUAUUUGGAGUAAAAAACAUUGAAAAUGAAAUCAUUUGGAAUAACAGCAAUAUUACUUUUAAUAAACGUAUGUUGGUAUUUGAGAAAUGGAAGCAUGCAGGUAUAAUUAGGGUUAAGGAUGUUAUAAGAAAUCGUCAGUGGUUAGCACCAAAUAUUUUAAAUAAAUCUGUCUAUUCUUCUCAGCUUUUAUUUGAUUUAGAAUAUGCUAAAUUAAAAAAGUCUUUUCCUGUUUAUUGGUUGAAUAAGUUGUUUAAGGAAAAUUAUCCACUCGAAUUAAAAAAAAGUGAACGAAUCUUAAUUUCAUUAAAAAGUGGAGAACAAAUAACUCUAGAUUAUUUACCAACAAGAAAGAUAUAUUCUCUAUUAUGUUCGGAGGUAUCGGAAGAACCAGGCAUUGUUUCUUUUUGGUCUAAUCUUUUUUCAUUACCAGUUUCCUUUAGUUGGAGCCAUGUAUUUUAUUUUAAGUUGCAUUUAAUUGUGGAUAAUAGAAUUAGACAAUUUAGUUUUAAAUUUUUGAACAAGAUUGUACCCUCAAGAGACAAUUUAUUUAAGUGGCAUGUAGUAGAAAACAACUCAUGUAACAUUUGCGGAGAAGUUGAUACCACUUUUCAUUUCAUACUGUAUUGUAAAUAUGUUCGAUUUUUUUUGGAAAAUUAUAGAAAGGUUGGUAUUUUAUAUUUUCAAGAUGACUAUUUCUAUAGAUGAAAAAACAUUAAUCAUAGGUUAUGAUCUGCAAAGUUCCAGCAAUGUUAUGUGUAAUUUAUUUUGUGUUAUUGCUCAAUUUGUUAUUUAUCAAAAUUACAUAAAAAGCAUAUUCAAAGGAAAAAGAUAUGAUGCGAAUUCUUUAUGGAUUGAAUUCAAGCUUACUAUGAUUAUUUAUUUAGAAAGUUUAUGUAAACAAAAAAGCAAGUUAGGAAUUUUGAAAAAAUGUGAUAUUCAAAAAAUUAUUGCAUUAUUGAAGUGAAUUGAUUUUUUUUUUAUUGUUUGUAUAUAUGUACAUGUUAUUGUGAAUAAAUACCUCGAUUAAGAGGAUAAAAGAAAAAAAAAUAAAGCUACAACAAUUCACGCUCUUUAGGAAAAUAUUGAAUAACUGUUUCAUGUUUGUCAUUCAGAAAGCCCAAACGCCAAACAUUAAUUGUUAAAAUGGUCCCCAUAAGGAUGUAUUUAAACGCUUGAGCGCCUAAUUAGAGAAAUAAUAUUAGUAAUAAUUAUACUUACUUGUAUAUAGCGCUUAACACUUUAAGUCUCUAAGCGCUCUACAGUCAAGCAAGAUAAUUACACUGGCGUUAGCAGAGCAGCUUGUACGUGCUCUGCGAUUUAAGGAAUAAAUUCCUACCAGGUGCCAUGAUCACCUCACCUGGGUUGAGUGCAGCACAGUAGCCGUGCUAAAGCGAGGGUAAUAUAGUUUGUAGCGCUGAGAAACAUUUCAUCGAGCGCUAUAAAUGUUCCAUAUUAUCAAAAUUAUAACUUUUCAGAUUCACGUUCAUAUCCAUUUUUUUAUAUGACACACGAUCAAAAUGAAUUACAUCAAAUUCCCAUUGACAUUAAUGAUGGUUUGAUGGCCGGGAAGUUAAGAGACUUUAGAAAAUUUUGGUAUGCCGAAUAAGAAAGGGAAAAAAGGCGAAUUAAUCUCUUAUUACAAGAAAAAAAAAUAAAUGGGUGGCAAAAACGACGGGGAAAAAAAGCUUUCGCUCUCAUUAAGAUAAACAUUCAGGCUGCCGACGUCACCGUUACUCUUUUGAAUAAUACUAGUAGCAAACGUGGGGAAAUUGUAUUAAAUAUAGAUAUCAUUUAAAUAUUUUUAGAAUACUUUGCUUUUUUCUUGUUUUUAGAAUGAAAUGUUUUAAAUGUAUAUGAUAAUAGUGUUUAUCAGAUUGACUUUGCAUUAACGUAUCUUCCUUUAGUUUAAUAAAGAGCAUAUUGAAUAAGUGGUUGAAAAUAAUUGACUGUAUGGCUGAAAUGAGUCUGGAGGAAUUGUACCAUAUUGUUUCAGUCCUUGAGUAACCUUACUUGAAUGUAUUUUUGUAUUAAACAUUCUUUUUUUCUAUUUUGCUAUCCUUUUUUUGUAUACAUUUCACUGAGUUUGAUUGAAAAUGUAAUAGUGACGUAAACUGUUAUAUUGUUCCUUUUGAUUACGUGUUGAUUAUGUAUGGGUUAUAUGAUUUGUGAUAUCAUCAGUUGAAGCAGUAUUGUCUAAUAUUUUGUUUGAAUUAGAAUAACCCCCAUAAUCUUUUUUUACAAUCAUGUUAGGUAUUGAUUGUAAAUAGGGAAAUAUAGGCCUAUCUAGUCUUUGUUUUGUAAAGUUAAUGGAUUGAAUACUUUAUACCAGCAGGAAAGGUAAUUGAGUUACAUUUUUAUGUGAAUGUGUAAAACUAGAAUCAUGAAUAGACAAUAAAUAUUAAUUAAUUUUUA